AUGCGCGGCAUGGGCGCGGACCAGGAGGUCAUAAACGCGCGGAACUCGCCGCUCGGCGCGCUGCUUGUGGCGCCGACUAACUACGCGUGGCAGCAGUUCUUCGAUUUUCUGGAACAAGCAAACACGAGGCAACCUGCGGGCAGGUGGAGAGGGCGAAGCAGCCGACUGCGACUUGGACAGGUGGGUAUAGAUAGCCGACCCUUGCUGCUGAUACGAAACCCCCUCCUCUGCUUCCACGCAUCCCCUCCCUGCUUCCCCCCAUCCCCUUCCCUGCAUCCCCACAUCCACUUCCUUCUUCCGCCCAUCCCCUUCCCUGCUUACCCCCGUCCCCUUCCCUGCUUCCCCCCAUCCCAUUCCCUGCUUUCCCCCAUCCCGUUCCCUGCUUCCCCCCAUCCCGUUCCCUGCUUCCCCCCAUCCCCUUCCCUGCUCCCCCCCAUCCCCUUCCCUGCUUCCCCCCAUCCCCUUCCCUGCUCCCCCCCAUCCCCUUCCCUGCUUCCCCCCAUCCCCUUCCCUGCUUCCCCCCAUCCCCUUCCCUGCUUCCCCCCAUCCCCUUCCCUGCUUCCCCCCAUCCCCUUCCCUGCUCCCCCCCAUCCCCUUCCCUGCUCCCCCCCAUCCCCUUCCCUGCUUCCCCCCAUCCCCUUCCCUGCUUCCCCCCAUCCCCUUCCCUGCUUCCCCCCAUCCCAUUCCCUGCUUUCCCCCAUCCCAUUCCCUGCUUUCCCACAUCACGUUCCCUGCUUCCCCCUAUCCCCUUCCCUGCUUCCCCCCAUCCCCUUCCCUGCUCCCCCCCAUCCCCUUCCCUGCUUCCCCCCAUCCCCUUCCCUGCUUCCCCCCAUCCCCUUCCCUGCUUCCCCCCAUCCCCUUCCCUGCUUCCCCACAUCCCCUUCCCUGCUUCCCCCCAUCCCCUUCCCUGCCUCCCCCCAUCCCCUUCCCUGCCUCCCCCCAUCCCGUUCCCUGCUUCCCCCCAUCCCCUUCCCUGCUUCCCCCAUCCCGUUCCCUGCUUCCCCCCAUUCCCUACCCUGUUUCCCCAUAUCCCCUUCCCUGCUUCCCCCCAUCCCCAUCCGUGUGCACCCAUCUAUUUCCCCAUACAUGCUUUCAUCAUUCCCCAUGACCCCUUCCUUGCUUCCCCAUGUCCCCUUCCCUGCGUCCCCAAGUCCCCUUCCCUGCUUCCCCAUGUCCUCUUCCCUGCUUUCCCAUGUCCCCUUCCCUGCUUCCCCAUGUCCCCUUCCCUUCUUCCCCAUGUCCCCUUCCCUGCUUCCCCCCAUCCCCUUCCCUGCUUUCCCCCGUCCCCUUCCCUGCUUCCCCGUGUCCCCUUCCCUGCUUCCCCCCAUCCCCUUCCCUUCGGGUGCCCCAUCCCUAAACAUGCUUCCCCCCAUCCUCUUCCCUUCCCCCCACCCCCUUCCCUGCUUCCCCAUGUCCCCUUCCUUGCUUCCCCAUGUCCCCUUCCCUGCUUCCCCCCAUCCCAUUCCCUGCUUUCCCCCAUCCCCUCCCCUGCUUCACCGUGUCCCCUUCCACGGCACUCACAUGCACCACUUGUCUGCUCUUCAUAUUCUUCCUCAGAUUCCUCCUCACAUGUGUUGCGGAACCCUGCCUCCGUGCGUGCCUGCGUGUGUGUAUGCCUGCGUGCGCGCAUGCGUGACAGCCGACACUGUGCAGGCAACUGUGCUGAAUCUGGAUCAUGGGGCAAAGGCAUUUGAAUCGAGUAGAGCUGUGUGGUGUGGUUAG